AUGGUCCUUAAUCACCCCCCCAACCAUUCCCCUCGACAUCGUUGUCGCCAUCGCCAUCGCCAUCGCCAUCACCAUCAACUUCGGCUUGUCAACCUUUCCUUCCGCCAUCGCAGUCUAGUCAGCUGCCAUCAGCAUCAGCAUCAGCAUCAGCAUCAGCAUCAGGAUCAGCAUCGCCUUCAGCUCGUCAGCGUUUCUUUUUUUGCUAUCGCCAUAGCUAUCCCUGUCAGCUGCCAUCAGCAGUAGCAUCAUCAUCGCCUUCAGGUUGUCAGCGUUUCCUUUUUGCUAUCGCCAUCGCCAUCGCCAUCGCCAUCGCCAUCGCCAUCCCUGUUAGCCGCCGUCUCGUGAAGGAUUACCAUCGCCGUUUCGUCAGCACUUGUCUUUCAGAAGCGAUGACUCCCAGCCGGCGGCGUAUCGACUACCGCGGAAGCGAUGGUUGGCAGUCCCGUAUCCUGGAGCGGUCUAUUGCGGGAGCUGGCGUGGGAGCUAUUUCUGGUGCCGCGGUGGCAGCGACCAGAGGACAACGUAUACCGCCAAUGACUCUUCAGAUGGCUUCCAACUUCGGAAUCGCUACUAUUUGUUUCUGCGGUGCGCAGGAGCUGGUGCGAGAGCUGCGGGGAGAUGAUGGCCUUGCUAACUCCUUUCUCGGAGGAUUGGGAAGCGGAGCCCUGCUUGGAAGAAUCCAUGGUGGUUCCAGCAGAGCCCUCCCGUGUGCGAUUCUUUUCGCGGCCGUCGGCACAGCAUUGCACUGGGCUGCACUUGAGUUGAAAGAGUACAAAAUGCGGCGACUGAUGUCGGCUUGGCCAGCAGAGAGAUUCACGCUGGACCCUUCUAUUGUCGGAGGCGAUGGCACAGCAGCGGCAGAAGAACUAAGCAGAGCGGGUUCCCUCGGAUCUCCGCAGGGUGCCGCCGACCACAAGUGGAUGAUGGAACAACAGAAAGCGGAAUGGAAAUGGCCUGAAUGGCUUCCGGUGAGAAGGCUGACAGAAGAAGAGGCCAGAGAGGAAGAGAGGAAAAGGGACGAGGAAUUCAAGCGGCGAGUUGAACUCGCCAAGAGGGGUGCUGUGCGCACAGCUCCGGAUCGGCAGGAAGCUAAGCCGGGUGCUUGAACAACUGCUGGCUGCCUUGCGGUCGAUUUUUUUCACACGACGAGAGUUUUCCCGUCAAAAUUACGCAUCGAACCGGUCGCAGGCCGGGCGGUACGUCGUGAAGAGCGUCUUGCCAUACGUUAUCUAUCAAACCGGCAGCAGGCCGUCCCGUACAUGAAAGCGCAGCCUCCCUGUGGACGUCCGCGGCUUUUUUGGUUAAGGCGUGUGGCACAGGUGGCUUAAACAAUAUUCCACACUGUCCUUGGUGGGGAGUACACAUCGCUUUUCCAGUACUAGGUGUGCUGUAUACCUGGAGGGGUAUUGAUUUGUUGUGUUCUAGUGGUUAAGGUGUGUAGGUAGGUAGGUCAGGUAGGUAAGGUAGGUAGGUAGGUAGGUAGGUAGGUAGGUAGGUAGGUAGGUAGGUUUACAAAUAGGGUUGAUGCAUGCCAGAAGGGGAGAGCUGGCUUGUGCUAUACAGGGUAUAAGGUUGUGGUAGGGAAAGCAGUUUGCUGACUCUGCACUGCAGUUAGUCAUGCAUAUUUUUCGCACAAAUUGAAUCUGGUCCAUAUUUUGCAAAAAGGGGGAAUGUUUUGCACCUGUCCGGCUGAGGUUGCCGUAGGCGAAGCACGAAGCCGGCUGUUCAACGCCAUCAGAUCAACACUGAUUUCCUUAGUGCGAGUCGUUCCACUAUCAUUGGAUGGACCACCACUCUCAGGUCCGUGUGGCAGUCUUGAAUCCCAACCUUUGUCCCAAUGCAAAUCCCAGUCCCAGUCCCAGUCCCAGUACCAGUACCAGUCCCAGUACCAGGACCAGUCCCGUUUCCAUUCCUUGUGUCCUGUCCACAGUCAUGAAUCCCAGUCCCAGUCCCAAUCCUAGUCCCAUUCCUCAUGUCCCAUUCCCAGGUCCCUCCCUGUUCCAGGUCGCAUUCGUCGUCGCGGUGCUAGUCCUCUUCCCGGCCCCAUUCCUCGUCCCAUUUUUGGAAUCCCUUUCCCAAGCUCAUAUUUUUAAGGCCCGCUUUCAUGCCCUGUUCGUUGUCUUAUCCCACCCUGGUUCCCAUCUGAGUCCCAAUACAAGUCCCACUCCUAGUCCCUGUCACGUUUCGUCCCCAUUACCAUUCCCGUCCAGUCCCCUUUCUUCCCCUUUUCACCUMGUUCGGAUUCUGCAUCCUCUACCAUCCUGAGGGCACAUUCACAGUAGGACUUUCCUGGAUGUAUAUGACCGCUUUUCUGACCUGGCCUGAAUGUACCUGGCCGCAAUUACGGCUGCAGAGAAGUUGAAAUACUCACACUACGACCUUUUUACUCAUCUAUGGACGUAAUUUCGGCCAGACACAUCCAGGUCAAGCCGUAAAUACGGUCGGAUGCAUUUUGAGAGAGAGGUAGUGUGAGUAUAUGCCCUUACACAUGCAAAUGGCUGAAAUAAGGCACCGCAUCGGAUACUAGAGAGCAGGCAGGCAGUGUUCCAUAUGGCAGCCGGGCCAACACUCCGUUGGGCAUUUGUCAUAGGAUUGUGGAUUUGCCAAUUUAGGUAAGUAGGUAGGUAGAAAGAACCUGGUAGGUUGGUUGGUUGGUUGGACAAUGUUUUUUGGGGGGUUUGAAUGACUUCCGCAAAAAGGGCGUAAUGUACAGAAGAUGUGUGCGCCGUGAUUGCAAGUGACUUCCGUGAAGUGAAACUUGGCCAAAAAUCCUCGAGGUCUUCUUGCUGGGCUUUUGAGGUUUGAGGACCUUUUUGCUGGGCCUCUGCGGGGACCCCUUGCGCUCACAUUUCUUUGCUCCUGUGUUAGGGCAUACUACUCACACUAGAACUUUUUUUUUCGUGUGAGCUGUGGACUUGAUUACGGUCAGAUACAUUUAGGAAAGUGCAAGUGUGAGUAUGCUCUUAGGGAAGGUGGUGCGUCAGCGUCAGUCACCUUUUUCCCCCCCUUAAGUACGAGAUUC